CGCCGCCGCCGCCUCCGAGUUCGUCAGGCGGAAACUUUUAGCACCGCUCACUGGAACCAUCAGAUCUCAGCUCAUAUUCUUAGUUGAUCAGUGUUACUGGAGCUUAAUGUUUUUGCCCUCAGACGCAGUCUCUCUGUAGGGUUUGUAUAAACGGUUGGUUCAUUACCACAGAUGUUUUGGAGGCCUCACUCUACAAGAAUUUAGCUCCUCACUCCUCUCCCUCUCUCAUCUCUUCGCCGCCACCGCUGCCGCCGUCACUGCCGUGGCCUUCCGUGCCUUCUGUCGUUGUCGCCGCUGCUGAGUUCAUCAGACGGAAACUUUUAGCACCGCUCGCUGGAACCUCAGAUCUCAGCUCAUAUUCUUAGGUUGGUUCAUUACCACAGAUGUUUUGGAGGCCUCACUCUACAAGGUUGGUUUCUUGUGGUAGAAAAUUGAUAAACAUCACCCAUCUUCACAUUCACACUCACACUCAGUUUGUUCGGCUCAAAUCAGUUUCAGCCCUGUUGAAUUCUUACUUGUCGGACUCUGUUACUGAUGAUGAACGUAUUGGAUGUACACACAACACUACUGUCACCACCACCACCACCGUAGAUAACCAUUUUGUGGAAUUAGAUGCAUGCAAGGUUAUUGACACUUUAAAUAGUUUGAGGAAAGAUCCGAGUUUUGCUUUCACAUUCUUCCACCAGCUGAAGGAACAAGGUUUUAGGCAUAAUGUUGGCACUUACAUGGCCAUUAUUAGGAUAUUAUGUUAUUGGGAUAUGGGGAGGAGGUUGGAUUCUAUCUUCUUGGAGGUCAUCAAAUCGACUGAGGAAUGUUUGGGUUUUAAAAUUUCAGCUUUAUUUGAAGCACUAGUAGAGGGACUUGAUUCCAAGGGACCCGGUUUGUUGACUCAGGCAUUCGAUGCAUUGGUCAAGGCGUAUGUUAGCGUUGGCAUGUUUGAUGAAGCCAUUGACACUUUGUUCAAAACUAAAAGGCGUGGCAUUAUGCCGCGUGUAUUAUUGUGUAAUUUUCUUUUGAAUCGUUUGAUUGAUAGUGGAAAAGCUGAUAUGGCCGUGGCUGUUUUUUGCCAAUUCAAGAGGCUUGGUUUGAACCCAAAUGUCUACACCUAUGGUAUUGUGAUUAAGGCACUUUGUAGAAAAGGUAAUUUGGAAGAGGCUGUUGACAUUUUUCAGGAGAUGGAGGAAGCUGGGGUGACCCCAAAUGCCUUUACUUACAAAACCUAUAUCAUGGGGCUUUGCUCGCAUGGGAGGUCACACUUGGGGUAUGAAGUGCUCCAAGCAUCUAGAGGGGCAAAUAUUCAAAUGGACGUGUUUGCUUAUACUGCUGUGAUUCGUGGGUUUGUUAAUGAGAUGAAGUUAAAAGAAGCGGAGUGUGUCUUUCUUGAUAUGGAUGAACAAGGAGUGGUUCCCGAUACUUAUUGUUAUCGUGCCUUAAUUCAAGGGUACUGUAAGAAUGGGAAUAUACUUAAAGCUUUGUCUCUUCAUAAUGAAAUGGUAUUGAAGGGUAUCGAAACCAAUUGUGUGAUUGUUAGCUUGAUUCUUCAGUGUUUAUGUCAAAUGGACAUGGCUUUUGAGGCAGUAGACCAGUUCAACAACUUCAAGGAUUUAGGGAUAUUCAUUGAUGAGGUAUUGUACAAUAUUGUAAUUGAUGCUUUCUGUAAACUGGGGAAAUUAGAAGACGCAGUGAGGUUGCUUGAUGAGAUGAAGGGUAAGAAGAUGGUUCUAGAUGUUGUGCACUACACAACUUUGAUUGGUGGGUAUUGUCUCCAGGGAAAACUUAUUGAUGCCUUGAAUUUGUUUGAGGAGAUGAAGGAAAAGGGUUUUAAACCUGAUAUAGUUACUUAUAAUGUACUAGCUGGUGGGUUUUCUAGGAAUGGCUUUGCACAAGAGGCGUUAAACCUUUUGCAUUAUAUGGAGGGGCAAGGUUUAAAAGCCAGCACUGUUACGCAUAAUAUUAUUGUUGAAGGCUUAUGCAUAGGAGGGAAGGUGAAGGAAGCUGAAAUGUUUUUCAAUAGUUUGGAAGAUAAGUGUCCACAUAAUUAUGCUGCCAUGGUUAAUGGGUACUGUGAUGCAGGCAAUACAAGAGAGGCUUAUGAACUUUUUGUUCGGCUGUCUAAGGAAGGAGUUUUUGUGAAAAAGAGUUCAUGCCUAAAACUUCUCAGUAACCUUUGUAUGGAAGGUGAAAAUGACAUGGCACUUGCCUUAUUUGAGAGAGUGUUGGUUUCGGAUGAUCCCCCUUGUAAAAUAAUGUACAGCAAGCUUAUAGCUGCUUUUUGUAGCUCUGGUGAUAUGAGAAAGGCCCAGCGGGUGUUUGAUACAAUGUUAUGGACAGGGUUAACUCCUGAUGUCAUUACCUACACGAUGAUGAUAAAUGGUUAUUGCAGGGUAAACUGUUUGCAGGAAGCAUGUGAUCUUUUUAAGGAUAUGAAGGGGAGGGGUAUUGAACCUGAUGUUAUCACUUACACCAUUUUGGUUGAUGGGCAUUCCAAAAUAAAAAUGAGAAAGGCUCGUUUCCGUCGAAAUGCAGGAUGCAACAAUGGAGAACCGAAGGAUAUUUCCACUUUUUGGAAUGAAAUGAAAGAGAAUGAACUAAAACCUGAUGUUACUUGUUAUACUGUAUUGAUUGACAAUCAUUGUAAAUCAGACAACCUACAGGAUGCUAUUGUCCUUUUUGAUGAAAUGAUUGAUAGAGGUCUAGAACCAGAUAUUGUGACAUACACAGCUCUCCUAUGUGGCUAUUGUAGUCAGGGAAACGUGGAUAGGGCUGUAACCCUUGUUAAUGAGAUGUCAUUUAAAGGAAUUCAGCCAGAUGCCCGUUUCAUGUCAGUGUUGCACCGUGGUAUAUUAAAAGCCAAGAAGGUGAAGUUUCAGCAUUAAGGACUCAGGUGACUCUCUGGCUAGAUGAAUCUGCACCGUGCCAGUGUUGCGACAUGGUACAUUAAAGCCCAAGAAGGUUCUUCGCAUGCAGGACUCAGGUGCCCAGAUUACUCCUAUUUAAGUAUUGCCAGGCUUCAGUUAAAGGGGAUCUGGGUUGUACACUUGGCUGUUUAUUUGCAGGUAAUCAACAGAUUUUCUACUAGGAGCUGGAGCCAUCCAUGCACUUAAUCUACUCGGACAGUCUACAUUUGUGUGUCAUCCUAUUACACUGGAGGCCUCUUCUUUUCUCUCAGUCACACCUUCACUCUCCCAGAGCAUGAGCCAAGAGGAAGACAGUGAGACACUGGCAAAGAUGACAACUAUUCCGACAGAUUCUUCAUCUAGAAUCAACUCAGUCUUCCUCAAAUAGCGUGAAUCAACUCCAAGAACAACCCUUCAAACUGAUGGUUCAGUUUCAGAUAAACUUGCAGCAACUCUUCAGGCCAACAAUGUGAUCACCUCCACUGUCGAUGGGGCUUGCUUUUGUCAACGAGACGCUUGAUGAGGAGUACCGUAAGAAUGCAGGAUUGUUUAACAUUCAGUCAUUAAUUUCUGACUUCACAGUGAACUUCAUCAAAAUGUCAAUAGGGACUAUCGUCGACUGCUCAGUUGGCACGGAGUCAGAAUUUGGAACUUUGAACAAGUAUUUAUCCAAUUCUCCGUCAAAAUUUGAUGAUUUAAAAACCUAACAGAUGACUUAAUCUACAACAUUUUAUCAAACUUAUUUUAAGAAAAUUAGGAAUCUAUGUUUGAUUUCACCGAUAUGUUACUUCCUGUUAUUGAAAUUUGAAAGUAGCAUGAGAGAUCUUUUUAUUAGUUAGAUGUAAUGUCAAUGCAUAGGUAUAAUAAUUUUUCAGCCUUGGUGAAAUGUUCAGUGUGCCUAUUUUCUUGGCUGUGUCAUCCUCUCAUGCUUGGGGUAACAAUGAAAAUCUUGGGAUUUUUUUGUCUUCUCAUCUCUCGUGGAUAGGCUCCUUCCACAUUCCAAUUGAUUGGGAGAAAAUACAAAUUUUCCUUCUUGUUCUUUCUUCUGCCA